UUUCAUUCAGUUAACGACGGACUUUCGAACAGAAAUAUUCGGUUACGCUAGUGACGGUCUUUUAAAUGUUAUUUUAUUUGGAAUUCGGUAGCACCACCGUUCAGAGUUAAUAUGGAAAAGUGCAUUUUCAAGCUUAACUAAACAAAAUUUAAACUCAGAUCCUAAAGUCUAAAGACGAGAAAUUGAAUCAAAGUUUUAAUGAGGUAUCUUAAUCGGGGAAUCAAAGUUAUACGCAUAUGUUUUGCGGAGUGGAACUUAAACUAAAUUAAAAAACAAAAAAUAUUGCAGUGAAUUAAAAAUUAAAAUUACGAACACAACUGUAAUGAUAGUUAGUAGGGAAAUCGAUAUAUUUUGCAUUCUUGUCUAUCGAUAAGUGUAUUCAAAUAGUGACCUAGAAAAUAAAACUAGUGUUGUUCUGGUUCGGAUUUCUAGUUUAAUAUUUUUAUUUUUCCAUCUUUGUUGGAGGCCUAUCUCUCUGUUUACAUCUUGUUCUCGUUUCACGCGAACAACAUAGCAAAACAGAAAAGGUUAACAAAAUAAAAUAAGAAAAAGGCAAACUUGAAAGAGAGUACCUACCUUUAAAAUAAUCAUGGCUACAGUAAGGAGAGCUGGACCGCCAGUUCCUCCACGGCCACAUGCGAUAUUAUUAAAAACCCGUACCGUGGAUAUAGGAAGAGUCUCUUCAUCUGGAACAGCUACACCAUCAUCGUCAACGUCGUCUAAUCGCUUGUCAACAGGAGUUAAAUCAACUGUAGUAUCUUCUGCUUCUUCGACAUCUACAGUACCAUCAUCUUCAUCAAAACCAUCAGCACCAGAAGAUGGAAGAACCGUUGUCUAUAAAUCGCCAUCUUUCAAUUUGCAAAAAAGGCAGGAGCAACGGGAACGUGAACGAGAACGGGAACGAGAGAAGAGGUACUCUUUCAAUACUGCCGAUAGCACUUGCGGUGGUGGUUGUGGUUCAACGAUAGUGAUUGAAAGGGGGGGACAUGCUCCAGCACCACCAAUACCCCAACUGCAGGCCAAGCCUAUGGUGGCAUCGAAAAAACCACCAAAGCCAACUGCUCCAGUGCCAAUAAAUGUCAAAGGAGGAGACAAUAGCCUCUCGAAAAACAAUAACAAUCCAUCGUUGUCCUCCAUGUCCUCAACGUCGUCGUCGACGUCGGCGGCAAUCGAUAACCACCGAACAGAGGUUGUUAUCGUUGAAAAGAAUAACAAUGGCAGUCCUUCAUUGGCAACAAAUCCCCCACAACCCAAACCGAGGACAUUGGUUGCGAAUAAGCCUCCUGGGGGUUUUCUGCGCCGCUCCAAGACAACGCUUGAUAAUUUCACGAGGUCGACCAUAACUAUUGCGACAAUUUCCAAUGGCGAUGCUAAUAAUAAUAUCAAUGACACCGACAAUGGAAAUGGAAAUGGCAACAGCAACACCAACGGAAACGGACAUACAAAUACGCAUUCUCGCAUUAGCAAUGGCUUCAUGUCGGGCAGAACAUUUGACUUGAAAAAUAAUUUGAAAAAUGCCGCCGAAAGGUUAUUCUCCGAAAUCGUUAGUCACUCCAAGGAGUCCAAAAGCCAAGCAAAGACCUCGGCUGCGUCGUCCCAUUUAAAUCGAAGUGAAUCAUGGAUGACAUCAUCAGGAACAGGUAGGGAAUCUAAUCCCAGUGAGCUGGAUCAAAAUGGAAAUAGAUCUCAACAGAUCUGCACCGUACCCCCUUCCCCAUCCAUGACAAAGCUAGAAGAUCCCAUACCGCCAGAGAAGAAAAUCGUCUUCCACGAAAUGCUAAUCUCUGAGUUAGCUGCUAUGCGUCAACGGUCAAGUUCGGUUGAUCAAUUGAAUACACGUUCGGACUACAGUUUCCGCAGAGAAUUCCAUGGAUACCAUGAUGGGGAGGAAAAGUCGGAAGACGAUGAGAAAAUCUUCGAAGCCAGAUCGGAGAAGUCGAUGGAUGAUAAAUCGAUGGACGAUAGUGGCACUGGAAGUGCUCUAACACUUCCAUUGAAUGGCAAUGGCAAUACGAAUAAAAUUAAACGGGCACGACAGCGUUGCCCAUCGGGAUGUUCGACGGAUUCGUCGCCUUGCGGUCCGGAGAGCUCUCGCAUACGUACAUCCGAUUGGAUUGAGGUUGGUGCAAACGGCAAGGAGGAAGUGAUGACGAGUUGUCAUAUCAGUUUGGAGGAUUCGGGAAUGGAAGAUGAGGAACGCCCAGAUGAUGGUUCAUCGGGAGUUGGUGAUUCAUGGGAUAGUGUACAAGAGGCUAAAAAAGAAGAAGAGGAAGAGAGGGAGAGAGAAAUGCGAAUCAAAGCAAGAAGACAAAUAUCUAUGGCAGACCUUCCACCUUUGCCAAAAAGCCUAAGUACACAUUUAACUUUUAACGAGCCAAAUAAUGUUGAUUGUGUUGAGAAUGGAAAUGGAUUAAACAAUGGAACUUCUGAAGUAAUUGGUACCACAUUGGAUAAACAAUUGUCAGUUUUACGAAAAGAAAUGUACGGAUUAAGGCAGCUGGAUAUUUCUCUUCUUUCUCAACUAUGGACGUUAAAUGAUUCCAUCCAAAAUUUCCGAACAAUGUUAGACGACGAAGAAUGCUAUUCACCAUCUCCCGAACACUCACCCUACCCAUCGCCCUACGACUCGGUAUCUUCGGAUGUCGAAGAAGAUCUUUCACCCUCCAUCCAAACCCAAAUACAUCAAUGUCCAGAGCUGGUGGAUUUCUCAAAUCAUCAAAUUGCUCCGAAACAUUCAUCCUCCCUGCAUUCAUCUAAUGCUAGUCUAACAACAGCAGCAGUAAUAGCACCAAAAACAACACAACAUCAAUCAGAAAAUCGAAGUGUAUUACCAACGGCGAUAACUUCACAACCAACAUCUCGAAUCUCAAUUCCCCCUACACCUACACCCAGGAGCCCCCUCAAAUCAUCACCACCAGUUUCGAUUCCAAGGCAAAUAAAUUCCAAAUCAUUGCCUCCACCUCCAGCACCGCCAAUUACAAAGCCACCAGUGGAAAGGCUUUCACUAAGGCCUUCACAAUCCUUUCCGGCAACCCGCAAUGGCAACAAGUAUCCUUCAUCGGGAGUAGCUUCUCAAUUGCAGAUUCCAGCGCCAGUGCCAGUGCAAAGGAUGCGAAUUGCACCACCCCCACCACCAGUCCAACGACGAGCUCUGGUAUCGCCGGGGAGGCCUUCUUGAUGUUAUCCUUCGGAAUUCCUUGCAUCUGUCAAAUUGGCCAUGUGCAAAGUAUUUCAUGACAACAACAACAACAACGAUGAAGUUGUUGAGUAAAUUUUU